AUGCCGGCCCUGCUCGCGGUCCUGCUGCUCCUGCUGCCUCUCCUGCUCGUCUUCUCCAGGCGGAAGCCGGCGGGCAGGAAGUACCCCCGGGGCCUCCCUUCCCUGCCCAUCAUCGGGAGCCUGCUGUCCUUCUACAACUCGGACACGCCGCACCUGACCUUUCGAGACCUCCAGAAGAAAUACGGCAGCACCUUCUCCUUGUGGUUGGGCUCCCAGUACGCCGUGGUCAUCAACCAUCACUCCCUGGCCAAGGAGGUCCUCUUGAAGAAGGGCAAGGACUUCGCCGGGCGUCCUUCUCUGGUGACCACCAACAUCCUUUCCCUGGACGGCAAAGACAUCGCCUUCAGCAACACCACCCACCUCUGGAAGCAGCAGCGCAAACUGGUGCUGUCGGCCUUCACCUUGUUCAAGGACGGAUCCCUGCAGCUGGAGAAGAUCAUCAACCAGCAAGCCGCAUCCCUGUGCAAAUUACUGUCCGACAAACAAGGCACCCCCUCUGACCUCAGCCGGGAAAUCUUCUUCGUGGUAUCCAACGUGGUGUCCCACUUCUGCUUCAGCUCUGGCUUCGAGCUGGGGGACCCGCAGCUGGACGAGCUGCAGAUGAACAGCAAGAACAUCGUCAACACCGUGGCCAAGGACAGCCUCGUAGACAUCUUCCCGUGGCUGAAGGUGUUCCCCAACAAAGAGCUGGGGAUGCUGAAAAAGAGCGUGAAGACCCGAAACAGCCUGCUGAGGAAACAAUUCAAAGAGCACCAAGAGAAAUUCAGCAGCGAGUCCAUCAUUGACCUGCUGGACGUGUUGCUGAGGGCCAAGAUGAACACAGACAACAACAACAGCCAAAUGCCUCAGGAGCCCGGCAUGACGGAUGACCACGUGAUCAUGACGAUUGGGGACAUUUUUGGGGCUGGUGUGGAGACCACCACCUCUGUGCUCAAGUGGUUCAUCGCAUACCUGCUGCACUACCCCCAGGUGAAGAAGAAGAUCCAGGAGGAGAUUGACAGGAAGAUCGGUUUCAGCCGCACGCCUGUGCUCAGUGACAGGAACCAGCUGAUCUACCUCGAGGCCUCCAUCCGCGAAAUCCUCCGCAUCCGCCCCGUGGCCCCACUCCUCAUCCCCCACCUAGCAACCAGAGACUCCAGCAUCGGCGAGUACACCAUCCACAAAGGCACCAGGAUCAUCAUCAACCUCUGGUCCCUGCAUCACGACGAGGUGGAGUGGCCCAACCCGGACCGGUUUGAACCAGAUCGCUUCCUGGACGAGAAGGGCGAACAGCUCAUCUCGCCGUCCUCCAGCUACCUGCCCUUCGGGACCGGGCCCCGCGUCUGCCUCGGGGAGUCACUGGCCCGCAUGGAGCUCUUCCUCUUCCUGGCCUGGAUCCUGCAGAGAUUCGACUUCGAGGUCCCAGAGGACGGGGAGAAGCCCAAUCUGGAGGGGAAGACGGGGGUGGUGUACCAGGUGCGGCCAUUCCAGGUGCUGGUCAGGUUGCGGAAGGGCUGGAAGGACACCGAGGUCAGCGAGUAGAGCUCGGCCAGCCGGGCCCGAUUCCACCUGCUCGGAGUGGCGGAACACCAGGAGAGACACUGACAGGGAGAGAUGAAGAAUCUGUGGGUGCGUGCGUGUGUAUGUAUCUCCCUUGUGUGUGCAUGCGUGUGAGAGGGAGACAGCGCGGCGCAGAUCAAACCUUCACGGCAGGAUCGGCCCUAAGAAGCCGCAUCCUUCGUCUUCCAAGCGAUUCGAAUUUGGUCUGGUGAAACAUUCUCCUCUUGCCCCCUGAAUGGACUCUCUAGAGUUAUCAUUCCACAAAACCUCCCAUUUCUGCCGCUUUUCAUUCUGGGCUGGGCUCCUAUUGUUCUCAUCCACCAGUGGUAUUUACUGAGGCGCUUAACUGUGUGCAGAGCACUGUACUAAGUGCUUGGGAGAGUACAAUUCCCAAAACGACCCGUGAGCUGCUACGCAAGCUUCCUCAACCCUCUGUCCUACAAAACAUGUCUGUCACCUUGGCCUCAACGUUAAGGCCACCGGGCGGGAGAAAUUCGUGUCAGAUCCCCCUCCCUGCGCCGCCCCCAGCCCUCCCCUCCACCUCGCAACCCCAGAACUCUGAAAUCGAUAGGAUGGGACAGCGAAAUGGGCCACUUUGCUCAUGAAUGACAAUCUAAAUAAACUGCAAAGAAUAAAGACUGAAUGAAUACAA